AUGAGUGAUACAGCAGAAAAGCAACCUUUGAAUGUUGCAGACAGCAACAUUAGAACGCCCCCCGCUCCAAUCCUUCCCCCCCCAAAGUCAAAGGCCAAGGUUCCAGUCAAAACCCCUGCAUCUAAACCAGCUGCGGAUAACAAACGCAAAGCUUCUGAAAUUGAAGAACCACAAGACCUACCAGAAAUCGAUAGUGAUGAUGAAAGACUUCACAUUGUUGAUCAAAAUUGCGAUCAAAUUCGUCGCAAAAUCCGCACUUUUCUCGAGAGCGGCGAGAUGAAAGUCACUGAAUUUCAGAAAAAGAUUGGCACCAAUAGCAGAAGUUAUGGUGCAUUCAUGGGCCAAAGUGGCAAAUUCAAGGGAGAUCAGAGCAACGUUUACUUGAACGCGUUUAUUUUCUUUAAAAAGCGGGAAUUACAAGGUGUCAAGCCUCCCAAAAAGCCAAAGGUCAGCAAAGCCGAAGAAGUGAAGAAGUUUGAUGUUUCCGCCGUUAAGCUCGAUGGAGAAUCCACGAUUUCCGUUCCUAUCUAUGAUAGCUGCGAUGAAAUUCGCAAGAAGAUACGUGCCUACCUUCGCGAACCCGGUGUGACACAAGCUGCUUUUCUCCGUGAAAUUGCAAAGACCUACCCCGAGGAGAAAAAAAUCCAAUCUAAAGUCUUGAAUGAUUUCUUGGGUAAGAAGGGACCAAGUGCUGGAAACACUAGUUCUACAUACUAUGCUGCUUAUGUAUUUUUCGAGAAGUUGCGCAUUAGGGAUGGGAAGCCAAAGAGUAAGCAUAGAGAAGAAAUGGAGAAGCAAUGGGCAAGCGAAGGAGGCGUAGAUACGAAGACCCCAAGUUCUCGAGGCUACUUCUGCUUUGGCGAUGAAAGACCUGUCGAGGAUAAAUACGGCAAGGUCUCAUUCCAAUGA